AUGAAGGUGAAGGAGGCGGCGGAGGAGCGGGAGCGAGGGUACGAGGCGGAAGCCCAGGCCUUCGCCCUACGAGCCGGCAGCUAUGCGGAACGCGGCCAGGGGGCGCCUGCGCCGGCGGCCAGGGGCGGCGCUCUGGACGCCCACCGAGGCGACGAGCACUACACCUUCCGGCUGACCGAGGUGGUGGCCGCCGGUGCGGUGCCGGUGAUGAUAGACGACGACUUCGUGCCGCCCUUCGGCUGGGAGGAUGUCAACGACUGGGCCGUGGUGCUCGGGGAGGACGACGUCGCGUCCGCGCCCUGGCUGCUGAACGCCACCAUCCACGAGGACAUCUGCAGGCUCAGGAGGCUGGGCGCCAUGGUCGGCGGGCUCCUCGAGGGGCUCCGGGGCGCCGUGGCGGCCGCGCGGGCCGUGCUGUUCUAG